AUGAGUAACGAACCUUUGCAAGAAAUCCAAGACAACGAGAUCGAGUCUAACUGGGAUGAAGUCGUUGAUAACUUUGAUAACAUGAACCUCAAGCCCGAGCUUCUUCGUGGUGUUUAUGCAUAUGGUUUCGAAAGACCUUCUGCCAUUCAACAACGUGCUAUUAUGCCCGUUAUCAAGGGCCAUGAUGUAAUUGCCCAAGCCCAAUCUGGUACUGGUAAGACUGCUACCUUCUCCAUCUCUGUUCUCCAAUCCAUUGAUGUCGAGCUCAAGGAACCCCAAGCUUUGAUCCUUGCUCCUACCAGAGAAUUGGCCCUUCAAAUCCAAAAGGUCGUUAUGGCCCUUGGUGAUUUCAUGGGUAUCAAGUCUCAUGCCUGUAUUGGUGGUACCAAUGUCCGUGAAGACAUUGCCACUCUUCAAUCUGGUGUCCAAGUUGUUGUUGGUACUCCCGGUCGUGUUUUCGAUAUGAUCCAAAACAGACGUGCUUUCAACACCAAGUCCAUGAAGAUGUUCGUUCUGGAUGAAGCUGAUGAGAUGUUGUCUCGUGGUUUCAAGGAUCAAAUCUACGAUGUUUUCCAAUUGAUGCCCGAAUCCACUCAAGUUGUCCUCUUGUCCGCUACCAUGCCCGCUGAAGUUUUGGAAGUUACCAAGAAGUUCAUGAGAGAGCCCAUCCGUAUUUUGGUCAAGCGUGAUGAAUUGACUUUGGAAGGUAUCAAGCAAUUCUACAUUGCUGUCGAUAAGGAAGAAUGGAAGUUGGAUACUUUGUGUGAUUUAUACGAAACUGUCACUAUUACCCAAGCUGUUAUCUUCUGUAACACCCGUAGAAAGGUCGAUUGGUUGACUGACAAGCUCCAAGCUCGUGAGUUCACUGUCUCUGCCAUGCACGGUGAUAUGGACCAAGCCCAACGUGAUGUUAUCAUGAAGGAAUUCCGUUCCGGCUCAUCUCGUGUUUUGAUCACCACUGAUUUGUUGGCUCGUGGUAUUGAUGUUCAACAAGUUUCUUUGGUCAUCAACUACGAUUUGCCCUCCAACCGUGAAAACUACAUUCACAGAAUUGGUCGUGGUGGUCGUUUCGGUCGUAAGGGUGUUGCUAUCAACUUUGUCUCUGGUGAAGAUGUCCGUGCCAUGAGAGAUAUCGAACAAUUCUACAACACUCAAAUUGAUGAAAUGCCCAUGAACGUUGCUGAUCUUAUCUAA